CGCCCCGAACCACGUGACCCAAGCGUAACCGUGACAACGGCUGCGGUUUGUUUUAGUGGCGGUGAUAUGGAGAGCUCAGCUGUACAGUGAUAGCCGCAUAUAGAUCGGGUAAUGCUGCAGGAGCCAGGAGGAAUGUCUUUAUAGGAGAGUACAAGUUCAUCCACGAGGCCUCAGCUCUGUAACGCCUCGGCUAGUGAUUGGCUAAACAGGCAGGCCCUGCAAUGAUCACUUGUUUUGCAAACAGGAAGAAGAUGUAACCCUAAUCCAUGGCUAUUCAAGACAAUGAUUCACUACUAGAAUCACUGCAAGACUGUCCACAAACAUUCUGCUCUCCUCGAGAUGAGAAAUGGGAAAAAGACCUGACGGAAGCAUUGGUGGAGAUCAGUGAGAAGAUUCUGGAAGAUGAUCAAAAGUCCAUAGAGUGGUUAAUAGGGACAGGAUGGGAAGAAGCUGCUUGUGGCUGGGGUCCAGUUUCAGCGACAGCAUGUCUGCACCCUCAAAAGAAACAAAAGAAGCUGAAAGCAGGGGAAGCAAUGGACUGUAUUUUAUGCCUACACCUGUGUUUUAUACAUGAGUGUAAAGAUACAGCUGCUGAAACAAAAUCCAGCACAGUCACCAACCAUAAGGAGAAGUGCCCUGCUACCCCGCUACCAGCAGAGAAAGACGUGGGGUCUGGGUUUACAGGUCACUGCCCUUCUACUGCCAUGGUUUCCAAAACAGAAACCUAUAGUGACAAACAAUCUUCUGUAGAAGCAUCCAUUAGAGAACAAAGACCGAACAAGGAGAAGAAUAUACAGAGAAGCUCUUCACCAUUCACCGGGAGGGCCAUUCCUGUGUGUACCAAUUGUUAUAAUACAAAGGAGCCACUUAAUGCCCCCAUGUUACUGCCACCACUGAAAGCUUCACCCGGGAACAGCCAUGCAGAGCAGGUGGCACGAAGGAAAGAGAUUUUGCUCCAGCACUUGGAAAAGCUUCCCUCAAAAGGACUUAUGGGUAGUACCCUGAGUGGACAGUUCCUCCACACCAUUGACUUAAGGGUAGAGAGAAAACUACUUGAAGCCAUGAGUGAUCUUUCUCAGGAAAGGGUACCAGAACCAUUGUCAUUUGUCACCUCCUCCAUUCCAAAAACACCAGUAAAGGACGCUGACCGUUUACAAUGGCAGAAAGCGUUAUUGCAGAAGUCUAUUGCAGUGAAUGCCAACUCUGUAAAACAUGGAAGCAACUCUGCUCAUGUGGGUUUUCUCCAUACUAAAACAAUGCAGAACAAGCGCAAUAUCCGCCCAGAAGUUAGACAGCAAAAUGAUCCAAGAGUUAGAAGAGCAAAGUCAGGCACCAGCCAAGUACCCCGUAACACAGUGUUACCCUCCCUAACUGUUACAAGAGUGGAAAUACCGGUCAAAAUCAAACUGUACUGACACUUAUGUGAAAGAACAAUGAAGUGAUAACAUAAUUGGUAGACGAUACAUUUUUAUCAGCUACCUCUGUUAAUGACACAUUAAUCUUGUGCCAAUAAAUCCAAUGCAGAAAAACUGAUGUAUAUUCAUUAU